AUGUCACUCAGAUUGCCCUCAAUUGCCGACAGCAACCUAGAUUCCCUUUAUGCACCUGAUGAGAAACCCGAGGUGUUUCGAAACUCCAAUGACUUGCCGCUUGAAACUUUGGUAAACCAUAUUUUACCUAUUCCGCAAGAUAUUGGUGGAAGAGCAGUCAAGAUUCCAGGCACAUCAAAACCAGGGUUUUCGGAAAUUUACAGAAACGGGGCUUUUCCGAACGGAGUGAAACUGUAUUUAUUACCAGAGUUGAACACCUAUCAUGCAGUAUUUGAAGCAACAGUAAAGAGACACCCCGAUAGACCAUGUUUGGCCCAUCAUGAAUAUGAUUAUGAAAAUGAAGAGCAUAAAGAAAAGUAUGUUUCCCUGACGUACCGAGAGGUAAAUGACCGUAAAAACAACUUUGCGGCUGGGAUAUUGUUUUUGCUUGAGAGCAAUCCUUACAAGAAUCUUAAUUUGGAAGCUCAUCAGAAAAUCAUCAAUCACGCUAGAGACUAUAAACUGUACGAUGAAAAUGACUUUUCCUUUGUUGUGACAUUCUACUCAGGAAACAGACCCGAGUGGAUUAUAGCAGAUUUAGCAUGCUCAUCAAAUUCUAUUACAUCGACUGCAUUAUAUGAUACUUUGGGACCAGCAUCAUCCAAGUUCAUAUUGCAAACUACAGAAUCACCAGUAGUUGUUUGUUCCAAAAAUAAGCUUGAAACUUUGAUAAAAAUGAAAUCAUCAAAUCCUAAGGAGCUCGAGCCUUUGGUUGCCCUCGUUUCGAUGGAUCCUUUAAAUGCAAAAGAAAAGAAAUCAGAUGCAGCAUUGGUUCAACUUGCAGAUGAAAACAAUAUUAAAUUGUAUGAUUUCAAUCAGGUGGUCAAAACUGGAGAAAUAUUCCCACGAAAUGAAACUAUUCCUACACCUAAAACUACUUUUACCCUCACUUUUACUUCGGGUACAACUGGUGCCAACCCCAAGGGUGUAGUGUUGCUGCAAAAAGCAGUAGCUAGUGCAAUUCAAGGAUACUCGAUUUUGUUACCACAUCAUAAGGACACCAAGGAAUUUGCCUUCUUGCCAUUAGCACAUAUAUUUGAAAGGCACAUGUCCGCGUCAAUGUUUUUAUGUGGAGGUACAGUUGGUUUCCCCAGGUUGGGUGGAACUCCACAAACAUUGUUUGAGGACUUGAAGCUUUUUAAGCCCACAUUCUUUGCCUGUGUUCCUCGUAUAUUCUCCAAAAUGGAAACGAUCAUUAAAGCUUCAACAAUUGAUUCAUCAUCAAGAAUCAAUAGAGCUUUGUAUUCUCAGGCUAUCGAAGCAAAGCGUUCCAAGCAAGCAAAGAGUGGGAAGGGAGAGCAUUUCAUUUAUGAUCAAACAUUAAUCAGAAAUUUGCGCUCUAGAUUUGGGUUUGACAAUAUGGAGACAUGUUAUACUGGUGGCGCUCCUAGUGCUCCUGAAAGUAUUGAGUUUUUAAAGGCCAGUUUGGGUAUAGGUAUCAGCCAAGGAUACGGUUUGAGUGAAUCGUUUGCUGGUAUCAUUAUGGCAUUGCCCUUCCAUACCCCUAGUAUGGGAACGUGUGGUUCAAUCAGUCCAAUGGUCGAAGCCAGGUUGAGGGAAUUGCCUGAAAUGGGCUAUCGUUUGAGUGAUAAAGGUGGACCAAGAGGCGAGUUACAAUUGCGUGGAGCACAAAUGUUUAGUCACUAUUAUAAGAACCCCGAGGAAACUAAGAAAAGUAUUGAUGAGGAUGGAUGGUUCUCAACUGGAGAUGUGGCACGUAUCACAAAUGAAGGAUGGUUUAUCAUAAUCGAUAGGGUCAAGAACUUUUUCAAAUUAGCACAAGGAGAGUAUGUAACCCCAGAAAAGGUUGAAAACUUGUACCUCACUUGUAAUUCCAUUUUGACACAAGUUUUUGCACAUGGAGAUUUUACUCAAUCCUACUUAGUUGGGAUUAUCGGUGUCGAUCCUGUGGAUAUUGUCAAUUUCUUAAUGGAAAAAUGUAACAUCCCGGCAAGUGAAUUGGAUACAGAGGGGAAGAUCCUUAAGGUAUGCAAUACACGUAAAAUUCGAACUCAAAUCUUGUUGCAAUUGAACACAAACAUUGGAUCUAUUCUCAAUGGGUUUGAAAAGUUUGCCAAUAUAUAUAUUGAGUUUGAACCUUUGAGAUUAGAAAGAGAGGUGGUAACACCAACAUCUAAGUUGAGAAGACCAAUUGCAUCCAAAUUCUUCAAGCCACAAAUUGAUGCCAUGUAUAAUGAAGGUUCCAUUUUGAAGGAUUUGAAAUUGUGA